AAGAAGGUCCAUCAUCGGUCCAUGGCUAUGAUGUCUAUGUUCUGCAUUUUUAUGAGAAACCCUGUGCUUGUGAAACUUUUAAUUGAUUAUUUAUAUUAAACUCAUUAUAGGCUAUACAUUAAUAUUAUUCUUUGAGGGCCUCGGCCGUGUCAUGCGAUCUUAUGUCAAAUUUAAGUAGAACUCGAGUCCUUGAUACACAAGGAGAAGAUUGUGAAAACGAAAAUACUUUGAAGAGGAAGAGAAACUCUAGUGGUAGUGAUCAUUAUUGUAAAGUUGUCAAACACGAAGAAAAUAUGACGGAUGCCACUAAUCAAAAGCGUGCAAAUUUUUCUGCAUUGACCCCAGCAGCUAAUGGAUUAAAUAGGACAGUUCCAACUUUAGUCAAUUUAAAGCCAGGAGCAGCUAAAAAAUUGGUUAUCAAAAAUUUUAAAGAUAAGCCUAAAUUACCGGAUAACUAUCAAGAAGUAACAUGGGAGAAGCUCAAGGAGGCAGUGAUUGCUGUCCAGCUGUCUACGAGCAUCAGGUACAGUCUGGAGGAGUUGUAUCAGGCAGUGGAGAACAUGUGCAAUCACAAGAUGGCCGCUGACCUGUAUACUAACCUCAAAGAUUUAACUGAGUUGCACGUCAGAGCCAACAUAGAACAGUUCCUGCAGGACACUAUAGACCGACUGAUAUUCCUCAAGAAGAUGAACGAAUGUUGGUUGUCACAUUGUCGUCAGAUGAUCAUGGUACGCAGCAUCUUCCUCUACCUGGACAGAACAUACGUGUUGCAGAACGCUGCUAUACACUCAAUAUGGGACAUGGGUCUGGACUUGUUUAGACAACACAUUGUUCUACACACGCUUGUACAGACUCGAACUGUCGAAGGUUUGCUAAUGCUCAUUGAGAAGGAGCGACAGGGCGACACCGUCGACAGAACUCUGCUCAAAUCUCUACUGAGAAUGCUCUCCGAUCUUCAAAUAUAUCAAGAUGCAUUCGAGUCCAAGUUCCUGGUGGCGACGGAGGUUCUGUACGCUGCAGAGGGCAAACAGCUGAUACAGGACAUGGAGGUGUCUGAAUAUCUACACCAUGUGGACAAGAGACUGACCGAGGAGAAGGAGAGGCUGCUGCACUAUCUGGACCCCAGCACUAAGUGGUCACUGAUACACACGGUGGAGAAACAACUACUGAGUGAACAUUUGACUACCAUGCUGCAGAAGGGAAUGGACAGUUUGUUGGAGGAGAAUAGAGUCAGUGAGCUCGCAUUGCUGUACACUCUGGUCACAAGGAUCAAGAAGGGACUACAGGAACUGUGCACACACUUCAACACUUACAUCAAGAAAAAAGGCCGAACCAUAGUGAUUGAUCCUGAGAAGGACAAGACCAUGGUUCAGGAGCUACUGGACUUCAAAGACAAAAUGGACAAUGUUGUGUGCAACUGCUUCCAAAAAAAUGAAAAGUUUUCAAAUAGCCUGAAAGAGGCUUUUGAAUACUUUAUCAACCAACGGGCCAACAAACCAGCCGAACUCAUUGCAAAGUUUGUGGACUGCAAGCUAAGGGCAGGUAACAAAGAAGCAACGGAGGAAGAACUAGAAAAACUUCUGGACAAAAUCAUGGUUCUUUUCAGAUUCAUCCAUGGAAAGGAUGUUUUCGAAGCCUUCUACAAAAAGGACUUGGCCAAGAGGUUGCUGGUAGGCAAGUCCGCCAGUGUAGAUGCAGAGAAGUCCAUGCUGUCUAAGCUGAAGCAGGAAUGUGGUGGAGGCUUCACCUCCAAACUGGAGGGAAUGUUCAAAGACAUGGAACUUAGCAAGGAUAUCAAUGUGGCCUUCAAACAGUACAUGGGCAACCUGAGGAAUCUGUCAGUGUCCAACAUUGAGCUGACUGUCAGCAUCUUGACCAUGGGCUACUGGCCGACCUAUCCAGUGUUGGAGGUGACACUACCUCCUGAGAUGGUCCAAUACCAGGACCACUUCAACAAGUUCUACCUGGGCAAACACAACGGCAGGAAACUACAGUGGCAGCCAACGCUGGGCCAUUGUGUUCUGAAGGCAGAGUUCACUCAAGGACGCAAGGAACUACAAGUGUCACUGUUUCAAGCUCUCGUCUUGUUGCUGUUCAACUACCAAGAUGAAAUCAGCCUGGAGGAGAUAAAAGCUGGCACCAACAUUGAGGACGGAGAGCUGAGGAGAACGUUACAGUCGCUAGCGUGUGGCCGAGCCCGAGUGUUGUCCAAGACACCUAGGGGACGAGAUGUGGAGGAUGGUGACAAGUUCUUCUUCAACGCUGAGUUCACCAACAAGCUUUUCCGAAUCAAGAUCAACCAGAUCCAGAUGAAAGAAACGACGGAAGAACAGAAGGCGACAGAAGAACGUGUGUUCCAAGACAGACAGUAUCAGAUUGACGCAGCCAUUGUGAGGAUCAUGAAGAUGAGGAAGACACUGAGUCACAACCUACUCAUCACCGAACUGUACAACCAGCUCAAGUUCCCAGUCAAGCCUGCUGAUUUGAAGAAGAGGAUCGAGUCUCUGAUAGAUCGGGACUACAUGGAGCGGGACAAGGACAACCCAAACCAGUACAACUACAUGGCCUAAGUGAAGCUAGUGUGAAAACACAUACACAGUGUACAGUGAAGAGACAGACUUCAACAAAUUUAGAUAAAUCAUUCGGUUUUUGUAGAUCAAUAUAAUUGACGUAAUCAAUCAGCUUUUUUACGGAUCUCCAGUGUGAGUACUCAUUUUGUUAUCCGAUAUAUGGUUUUGACCGUCUUUUUAUCUCCAGAAGGAAAACUGGAUUGUUUAGAUUUGUCCUGGAUUUGGAUUUUGUUUUCUGCAACAGAAGACUUAACUUAUGCGAGUGUAUAAAGAUAUGUUAGAGAAUAAAUGUUUUAUUUCUAAUAAAUUAUAAUAAACGACUUUAA